CCAUCCCCCAUCCCCCGGCCCCGACCCCCGGCCCGGUUUGGCUGCGGGAGGACGGAGCAGGAGGUUGUGUGAGGAUGGAAGGUGGACAGCAGCAUCCAGCUCCCUAACAGGGUGACCGGGGCACCUACGGACUUCCGGGCGGCUCCACCCGCCGAUGCUGACCUCUCCCCCCCGCCCCGCCGCCAGCAUGUUGAAGCCCAGCGGGCUGAAAACUCCUAGUCGUGGGGGCAAACAUGCCAGCCCCGUGGGCCGGUCAGUGGCCGGGACAGGGGCCGCCUCGGGCGUUGCCACCGGCGGCUCCAAAGAAGGGUCGCCACUGCACAAGGCGCCCAUCCCCUUGGCGCCCGCGGAGAAGCCGGGCCCGAAGCCGGCCGAGGUGGGCGACGACGACCCCGGCGACUUGGCGUUGGGCGAACGCGUCUGGGUGAACGGCGUGAAGGCGGGCGUCGUGCGCUACCUAGGCGAGACGCAGUUCGCCCCGGGCCAGUGGGCGGGCGUCGUGUUGGACGACGCCGUGGGCAAGAACGACGGCGCGGUGGGCGGCGUGCGCUACUUCGAGUGCCCGCCGCUGCAGGGCAUCUUCACGCGGCCCUCCAAGCUGGCCCGGCAGCCGGCCGCCGAGGGCGCGGGUGGGGACGGGCCCCCGGUGGAGUCGCUCACGGCCCAGAACCUGUCGCUGCACGCGGGGGCCGCCACCCCGCCCCUGGCCGCCCGGGUCGGGCCGCUCCGGGACAGCGUCCUCAGCAACUCCGUGAAGACCGGCAACGAGUCCGGCUCCAACCUCUCCGACAGUGGCUCCGUCAAGAAGGCCGACAGGGACCUGCGCGUCGGGGACCGCGUCCUGGUCGGUGGCACGAAGACGGGCGUGGUGCGCUAUGUGGGUGAGACAGACUUCGCCAAGGGGGAGUGGUGUGGCGUGGAAUUGGACGAGCCCCUGGGCAAGAACGACGGGGCCGUGGCUGGGACCAGGUACUUCCAGUGUCCACCCAAGUUUGGCCUCUUCGCUCCCAUCCACAAGGUCGUCCGCAUCGGCUUCCCGUCCACCAGCCCGGCCAAGGCCAAGAAAAGCAAGCGGAUGGCUAUGGGGGUCUCGGCCCUGACCCACAGCCCCAGCAGCUCCUCCAUCAGCUCCGUCAGCUCCGUGGCCUCUUCGGUCGGGGGCCGGCCCAGCCGCAGCGGCCUGCUGACAGAGACCUCGUCACGCUACGCCCGCAAGAUCUCGGGCACGACGGCCCUGCAGGAGGCCCUGAAGGAGAAGCAGCAGCACAUCGAGCAGCUGCUGGCCGAGCGGGACCUGGAGCGAGCCGAGGUGGCCAAGGCCACCAGCCACAUCUGUGAGGUGGAGAAGGAGAUCGCUCUGCUCAAGGCCCAGCACGAACAGUAUGUCUCGGAGGCGGAGUCCAGUCUGCAGCGAGUUCGGGCCCUGGUGGACAGCGUGCAGAAGGAGAAGAUGGAGCUGCUGAACCAGCUGGAGGAGGAGAGAAGGAAGGUUGAAGACCUGCAGUUCCGGGUUGAGGAAGAGUCCAUCACCAAGGGGGACCUGGAGACCCAAACGCAGCUGGAGCACGCUCGCAUUGGGGACCUCGAGCAGAGCCUGCUGUUCGAGAAGGCCCAGGCGGAAAAGCUGCUCCGGGAGUUAGAGGAUAACCGGCUGACCACGGUGGCGGAGAAGUCUCGGGUCCUGCAGCUGGAGGAGGAGCUGAGCCUGCGGCGAGGGGAGAUCGAGGAGCUGCAGCAGUGCCUGAGGCAGGCGGGUCCGGCCGACCCGGCGGACCCCGACUCGGGCCUGCAGGCCGAGGCGGCUCGGCUGCGGGAGCAGCUGCUGGGCGGCGCGAGGGAGCACCAGCGGGAGCGCGCCCGGCUGCGGGACAAGUACGAGAAGGCGCUGCGGGCCCGCCAACAGGAGGCCGACCGCCUGCGCGAGGCCAACGAGAAGGGCGCGCAGGAGAUCGCCGACCUGAAGCGCAAGGUCCAGCAGGCCGCCCACGAGAACAUGGGGCUCAUGGACGACUGGAAGUCCAAGCUGGACACGCUGGCCUCCGACCACCAGAAGUCCCUGGAGGACCUCAAGGCCACGCUGAGCGCCGGCCCCGACCCCCCGCACAAGGAGCUGGCCGAGCUCAAGGCCGUGAUGGACAGCGCCAAGAUGGAGCACCAGCUGGAACUGGGCAACCUGCGCGCCCGGCACGACAUCGAGGUGGCCGUGCUGGCCAAGGAGCGCGAGGCCCUGCGGGCCGAGCUGCAGGAGAGCCGCGAGGCGCUGGAGCGGGACCGGCGCCACUGGGAAGCGCAGCUGGAAGCGCGGGCCAGCCAGCACGUGCUCGACCUGCAGGCGGCCCGGGACCAGGCGCGCGAGGCCGAGCGCCGGGCACGCGAGCUGGAGGCGCGCCACCGCGACUGCGGGGACCAGGCGCGCGCCCUCGCCCUCCUCCGGGACCAGCUGCCCCUGGCCGAGAAGAAGAUGGCCGACUACGAGGCCCUGAGGGAAGCCGAGGCCCGGGGCCGCGACGACAUCCGCCGUCUGGAGGAGCAGCUCCUCGUCCUGCAGAACCAGCGCCGGGGUGUGGAGCCCCUCCGCCCGGCCCUAAACGCAAACGUGAUCGAGAUGAACGACAUCUCGGAAGAGAAGAUGGAGAUGAAACAGGCCAUGGAAGAUCUGCAGGACAAACUGAGCAAGAGAGACAAGGAGGUGGCGGCCCUGACCUCGCAGACAGAGACGCUAAGGGCCCAAGUAAGUGCUUGGGAGACCAAAUGCCAGGCCGGGGACGGGAAGGUGGACGCCCUCCUGAGGGAGACCAGGCGGCUGGAGGCGGAGCUGUUGGGGGGCGGGUCCCGGCCGGCCCGCGGGCUUGACGCCUCAGAUGGGCAGCUGGUCCUCUUCGGUCAGGAGCUGCUCCAGAAAGAGAGGAGCCUGAGCGAGCUGCGGGCGCAGCGGCUGGAGGCCGGCCGGCGCUCCCCGCGGCCGGAGCGAGACCUGGGCCGCGAAGGCCCCGCGGCCGAGUGGCGGCUCGAGGAGCAGGAGCUCAAGGACGACAUCAGAGACCUGCGCGAGAAACUGCUGCUGCUUCUGGACAAAGAGAAGUCUGCGUCGGAGCCGGUCUGCGCCUCGUCUCCCGAGGCCUCCCCGGAGUCGGAGCUGCAGAGGCUGCGGCAGCGUCUGGCCGGCACCGAGGAUGUCCUGCGCAGCGUCCUGGAGCAGGGGCAGCACGUGGAGCGGCUCCUGGAGGCCGCGCUCCGCUCCCCCGAGCGGGGCCGGGUGAUCGGAAUCCCCGGGCCAGCCAACGGCAUUCACCAGCAGGAGAGAGCCAGCCAGCACCAGGAGCAGCCCUGACCAGAAGAAGGGGUGCAGAGGUCAUUCUGGGCCCCAGCCUGGUGGUGGCCCCAGACAAUCCCCAGAUGGGAGCUGCCAGCGCCCGGAUGGACAGACUGACUGGACCUUCCUCUCGGCCCCGGCCCCCCCCCGCCCCCAAUCCGUGCCCAGCCCCCCACCCCCCUGGACGUGUCCUGGAAUCGUGCAGCCCAAGGGUGCCCCUCUCUCCCCCAGCUGUUGGAGGGGCCACACCCGCACCCCCCCCAGUCACCCUGAGGGCCGGGAACAGCUGGAGUUGGGGGGUCUCGCCCCCCCAACUCUCAAUCCCCCUUUCAAAGCAGGGAGGGGUAGUCCGGGAGACGGGCGCCCUCCUCCAGGCCGGUAGCGGAGCCUCUGAUUCAAGGAGCAUCGGAGUGGGAGGGGGCGGCCCCCUGCCCCUCCACCAGUGACCAAGCACCGCGGGUCGUCCCCCCGCCCCCCGUGUUGCCCCCCGUGUCUCGUCCCCGUUGUCGGUCUCACUAAUUUAUUUCACCUUCAAGGAGCAGCCUCACCUAAGGGAAGAAACGCUGGCAGGAAAGAACAGGUGGGGAGACCCUUGGCUCCAUUCCCAUCCUCAUCCUGCCCCCGCCCCCCCACCGGCCUCCUCCCCCAGUCCCGAUUGCGAGGGGCCCCCAACCCUGUCCCCGUGGGCCACGGGCACCGUCAGGAAUGGACGCUCGGCCUGGCCUGGUGGCCCGAGGUGGGAAGGAGUUGACGGGCUUCAAGCCCCUGCACGGGGACUAUUCCAAAACCUCCUCCUUCUGGUCGGUCACCAGGGCACCCCCCCGUUCCCUUCCCCAAAGGGCCCCUCGGGAUUUCCUUCUGGUUGCCCCAAGGCUGGGGCAUGCCGGAUGGGGGCUUCGUGUCUGGGGCCCUUCAGGGAGGGGCGGCAGAGCCGGCUGUGUCUCCCAGACCCCACCCCUGAGGCCAGAAGCCGUGUGUGACCUUUUCACACAAUUACCCGGCCGCUGUUGCCUGGCACCCGCCUAUCCCCGGGUUCCGGUGCCCUGCCCACCCUCUCGGGGCUGCAGCCCUCGUGAUCCGGGGCAUCGCUGACCGCCAAGCCCGGGCCACUGGACUUGCCACAGCCUCCAUCCCCUCUGCUUCCCCUGCCGUUCCCUCCCCCGCCCUCCUGGGCCCCGGGGCCUGCUGUGGGGACCAGCUAGCCGCUGGACCUCCAUCCACUGCUCCCAGGGCAAGUUGCAGAGCGCGGGGGCUUCGUACUAAAACCAAUAAACCUUGUGGCUAAGGUCGGUGA